CUUUUUUCUGAAUAAGAAAAUUUUGUGAUCAAAAUGUCCUUUUAAUUAUCUUUAUGUCAGGGUAAAUGUACUAUAGAUAUUGAUUUUUUAACUAACUAAAUGUUUGCUUCUAAAUCCUACUCUUUUGUCCCAACGUAGAUCAGAGAACCUAAAUUACUGAACUAAACUCUUUUUGUAGACUCUCCAAUAAGCAACAUGCAAUAUGUCUAUGCAUUUCCCUAUUUUCACAGAAUUCUGAUACCAUUCAGUAAUUUGCCUUAGUCACUGUGUAGUUUACAUUAGUGUAGUUAUUAUUUCAUAACAAUUAGUUUGUGGUUUCUCUGUCUUAAGAAUGUUGUUUCUCAGGAAUUUCUCUAAAUAAGGGUUGUUGAAAGGGAAUCUUCCUGAAGUUUAGAUAGUAGAUAGAAACUGAUGAACCUUGGGCUUUUGUAGUUCAGAAUGACAGAAGCUUCAGCUGCCCAGGCUCCAAAGGAACUGGAGAGACUUUUGAUAGUGAAGGUAGAGGAGGAAGAUCAUGCCUGGGGACAGGAACUUGACCCUCCUAGAAAUAAAGCCGAUAUCCUAGAGAUCUCUCGAAAGCACUUUAGGCAUUUCUGCUACCAGGAGACAGCCAGUCCAAGGGAAGCUCUUAACCGACUCCAGGAACUUUGUCAUCAGUGGUUGAGGCCUGAGAUACACACAAAGGAGCAGAUCCUGGACCUUCUGGUGUUGGAGCAGUUCCUGACCAUCCUUCCUGAUUCGUUGCAAAACUGGGUUCGUGAUCAUCAUCCAGAGAGUGGAGAAGAAGCUGUGAUGUUGCUGGAGGCUUUAGAGAGAAACCUUCAUGAACCAGGAAGACAGGUCCAAGCCUGUUCACAGGGACAUGAAGUGCUUUUGGAGAAGACAACAUCUGUAGGAGUAUCACAGUAUUUACAGAAUGCCCAAUUCCAGUUAGUGGAGACCCAGACCCUACCUGAAAGAGUUUCAGAUGGGAAGACCAGAUGCAGUUCCAUAAAGUUGUCUCCAAAGCAAGAACUUUUGAGAGAAAUGGAACCAAAUGAAGAGAUAACUUAUAAAUUUAAUGGAAAAAUUCCACAGGCUCCUAAAGAUGGAGAAGCAUGUGAACAUGACGACAAGUUAAAAAAUCAAUGGGGAAAGCCCACAGACAAGGAACAACAUAAGCAUGAUGAAUCAGAAACAAACUUUAUCCAGAACUCAGUUCUUAUUCAAAAUCAAAGGCAUCAAACAGAGGAAAAGGCCUCUGAACAUGUUGAGCAUGAGAGAACCUUAAACCAAAGUACAGCCCUAGUGGAACAUCAGAAGAACAUAGGAGAGCAAUCCUCUAGAUGUGAAGAAUGUGGGAAAACUUUCAGUUCAAAUAAUGGCCUAAUUCGACACAUGAGAAUCCAUACUGGAGUGAGACCCUAUAAAUGUAAUGAGUGUGGAAAAGCCUUUUGUCAGAGAUCAGUCCUUAAUCAACACCAAAGACUUCACAGUGGAGAGAAGCACUAUCAUUGCAAUGAGUGUGGCAGGGCCUUCAGUCAGAAUGCAGGGCUUUUUAAUCAUCUCAAAAAACACACUGGAGAAAAACGCUUUCACUGUAAUCAGUGUAGUAAAAGCUUUACUCGACAGUCAAUCCUUAUUCAGCAUCAGGGAGUUCACACUGGAGAGAAACCGUAUGAGUGUAAUGAGUGUGGGAAAGCCUUUGUUUAUAACUCAUCCCUUUUUUCACAUCUGGAAAUCCACCACAAAGAAAAACGUUUUAAAUGUAAUGAAUGUGGGAAAGCUUUCUGCAGGAGAACAGGCCUUAAUGAACACCAGAAAAUCCAUUAUGUGGAGAAAUCCUAUGAAAAUGAUGAAUAUGGGAAAUCCUUCAAUCAGAAUGGAAGCCUUACUGAACAUCAGAAUAAUCACACAAGAGAGAAACAUGUUGAACAUGAAGAAGGUGAGAGCUCCUUUAGUCAGAGCACAGGACUCACUGAACAUCAAAACCAUUCAGCAGAGAAACACAAUGACCAUGAGGUAAAUGAGAAAGGCCUCAGUCCAAGUACAGGCUUUGUUCAACAAAAAGUAGAGAAACAUUCUGAGAAGACUGAGGAUAAGAGAACCUUUAGUCAGAAUACAUGCCUUAUAGAACAUCAGACUAUCCAGACUGGUAAGGAACAGUUUAAAGAAGAUAAGAGUAUAAUAAGAAGCUUUGAUCACAGCACACACAUUGUUGAACAUCAGAGAUCCUACAUCACAGACCAUCUAUACAAAUGUGAAGAAUGUGGAAAAACUUUCAGUGCAAAAGCUGGCCUUAUUCGACAUAAGAAAAUUCAUACUGGGGAAAGACCCUAUAAAUGUGAGGAGUGUGGGAAAGCUUUUUGCCAAUUGUCAGCCCUUAAUCAGCAUCAGUCUGUCCACACCGGAGAGAAACGGUAUAGAUGUAAUGAGUGUGGCAAAGCCUUCAGUCAAAACACAGGUCUUUUUUAUCAUCUCAGAGUCCAUACUGGGGAAAAACCCUUUCAGUGUAAUUUAUGUAGUAAAAAGUUUAGUCGGCGCUCAAUACUUAUUAAACAUCAGAAAAUUCACCGGGACAGGGUUUUAGUGGCAUGAGAAAUAGAAAAUUUGCCAACCUGCCUUUGCCUUCUUGACAUGUUAUUCAGCAAUAGGAAAUUAAUGUGAUGACCAAGAAAACCAGGUAGCAUUUCUAAUGGAGUAAAUUGGCCUCCUUACUCCUUUCAUGCCUAAACAUGCUUUGGAAAAAAAGGUGCUUGAAUUUACUUCAAUGCAUCUAAUAAUGUUCCCUAGAUUUAGUGAUUGGGAGAUUUAUUUAUCCCAUAUACCACACCCAGUAUUGAAAUUGCACCAUAACUGCUUAUGCUAGAGUUGUAUCUGGUAUCUAAUUCCAAUUCUGUCAAACCACUUUUUUUCCUUGUGAUUUUAAAGGUUGGUUGCUUUGCAUUAAGCAUGAUUAAAUUGUGUCUUAGAGCCAAAAUUUUUCCAUGUAAAUCUUUUUUUAAAAUUUUCUUUCUUCUUCUUUUUUAUUUUUUAGUGAGGCAAUUGGGGUUAAGUGACUUGCCCAGGGUCACACAGCUAGUAAGUGUUAAGUGUCUGA